AUGCCUCAAGCACAACAUCCUCGCAAGAUCCUUAUUGUAGGAGCCGGCCUUGGUGGUUUGGCCGCAGGUCUCGCACUACAGACGGAUGGCCACAAUGUGACCAUUAUUGACUCCGCGCCUGAAUUUGCAGAGGCGGGUGCUGGUAUUCGCGUGCCACCAAAUAGCUCUAGGCUACUACUGAGAUGGGGCGUUGAUCUCGAAAAGAUGAAGAAGUCCGUCUCGCAAUGUUACCACUUCCUACGUUGGAAAGAUGGUUCCACUAUUGUCAAGCUUCCCUUCAAUGACAUCGUCAAAAAUCACGGUGCUCCAUACUACCUUGUGCACCGCGCCGACCUCCAUGCCGGACUUCUCGAAGCAGCAACUCGCGCGGGCGUCCAGAUCCUCAACGACAAGCGAGUCGUCGAGUAUAACUUUGAGGGGCCAUUCGUCGUCACUGCUGACGGUGAGACAUGGAGGGCAGACCUUGUUAUUGGUGCUGAUGGCAUCAAGUCUCUUGCUCGCCCUGCACUGACUGGCCAAGAGGAUGUCCCUCGCGACACUGGCGAUGUCGCUUACCGUAUUCUUAUCCCGGGCAAGGAUCUGCUCGCCGACCCUGAACUGGCAGAUCUGAUCACCGAUCCCUGCACCACAUCAUGGUGUGGCCCAGACGCACAUCUUGUCGGCUAUCCCAUUCGAAAUGGAGAGCUGUACAACAUCGUUGUAUGCGCGACAUCAUACAAUGAGACUUCAGACGAAGCCUGGGUUGUUCAGGGAUCGCCUCUGGACUUGCUUGAACGCUUUAAGACCUGGGAGCCUCGCGUCCAGAAGCUAUGCAAGCUCACCCCCCAAUUCAUGAAGUGGAGGCUCUGCGAUUUACCUAUCCUCUCUCGAUGGGUCCAUCCUUCUGGCAAAGCCGCUCUCCUGGGCGAUUCGUGCCAUCCUAUGCUGCCAUACCUGGCUCAGGGUGCUGCACAAGCAGUUGAGGAUGCGGCUGCUCUUCGUCAAUGCCUUGCGGGUGCUUCCACUGCAGGUGCCGACGGCUUGAAGCAGGCACUAUUGAAGUAUGAGUCAAUCCGGUUGCCACGAGCGAGUCUUGUCCAGCAAAAGACGAGGGAGCAUCAGUACAUCUUGCACGUCGACGAUGGUGAAACACAGAAGCAGCGUGAUGUCACUAUGAAGGUCAACGGUCAAGAAAACCCGGUCUUUUGGGGUGAUGAUAAAAGAAGGAUGUGGCUCUUUAGCCAUGACGCCGAGAAUGUUGACAGCGAGGGAGCGAAUUGGAAAUCUGGGACCGGGGCGCCCUUGGUAGGUGCUCCCGUGGCAACCAGCAUGCUUGCAGCUCAUUAA